AUGAAGUUCACUGCUGUCGCUUUCACCGGGCUGGUCGGCUGCGCCGCCGCUCUUCCUCACUUCGGUUUCUUCCCCGAGCCUUCUGGCCCUGCUCCUACUGGCACCCCGACUGGUUCGCUGCCUCCUCCUCCCUCUGGCACUGGUAGCCUCCCUCCUCAUCCUUCCUCCGGCACCCCCGGUCCCGAGGAGGGCUCCGACAUCCAGAAGCGUCAGUUCGACGGUGCUGCUCCCACUGGUACCUUCGCUUCCGCUCCUUCGGGCUUCCCUAGUGAUGCUCCUCACGGCCACCACGGCGGUUUCCCUUCAGGAUUCCCCUCUUUAUUCCCUGGCCCGUCCGGGUUCCCUGAGCCCUCCGGCUUCCCCGGGCCCUCUGGAUUCCCCGAGCCCUCUGGCCCUCCCCCACAGGGUGGCCCUGAGCUGUCCGGACAGCCCGCGCCCUCCGGAUUCCCUGGCGCCGGUGAGGAUGCUCCCACUGCCACAGCCAACGUGAAGCGCCAGUUCGGCGAUGCCACCGGCUUCCCUAGCGGCUCUGGCUUCCCUGAGCCUUCCGGUGGUUUCCUCGAGCCCUCUGGAGUUCCCUCCGGCUUCCCCUCCGGCUUCCCUGACCCUUCUGGUGGAUUCCCCGGUGGCCCCGAACCCUCCGGUAAGCCCCAGCCCUCCGGCUUCCCCGGCUCUGAGCACGGCGAAGCUCCCGCUCCCACCGGCAUCUUCAACGAGAAGCGCCAGUUCGGUGGAUCCCCCAGCGGCCCCGAGGGCUCUAGCUUCCCUCAGCCUUCCGGCGGUCCCCAGGAUGGUGGCUUUCCCGCUCCUUCUGGCUUCCCCUCCGGAUUUCCCCAGCCCUCCGGCGGCGCUGAGCCCUCUGGCUUCCCUGGUGCCGGCUUCCCCGGUUCCAAUGUCUUCGGCGAAGACGCUCCCGUCCCUUCUGAGACCGCUGCUCCUUCUUUCAACUAG